UUACGGCUUGACGUAAUAAUUGCUAAUCUGAUGAAAUAAUCAGAUCCAAGCAUGCAACCAACUUUUGCAUGACAUGAUUUGUUGGUUUUUUAUAUUUAUGAGACAGCGGGAUUGCAUGGCAGACUACGAAAUGGACGGCGACGAUGGAAAUAAAGACGACGUUGAGAUUGUUGGAGAGGCAAAGAAACGAAACGGUCUUGCCGUGUUUCGCGAAGCGUUGGACGAAUUUGCAAAAAAUCGAGAUCAGGAUGUCACUGUGUAUAGCGAAGUGCCAAAAAAGUGUAAGGUGACGACCUGUUAUGUCGGGAUUGAUGAGGCGGGACGAGGUCCAGUGCUAGGCCCCAUGGUUUACGGUAUCUUUGCCGCUGUUGAGGACACGGAUGCCAUUUCCGCCAAGAUAAAGAAGGGCCAGUCACUCGCCAAAAUAGAGGAAUGUCCCCCCGUUCUCAUCGACUCGAUUAAAAAGCUGAAUGACUCGAAACAGAUAAAUGAGAAGACAAGAGACGAAGUAUUUGCGCAGUUCUCGGACCUCGACCACAUCGUGUAUGGCGUUAAGAUCAUCUCUCCGACGCAAAUCUCGGCUAAAAGCUAUCAGAGGAAGAAGAUCAGUCUGAACGAAAUCUCGCACAAUGCAGCCAUCGAACUCAUUCAGGGUUUGAUUGACCGAGGCAUCGUAAUUGGAAAGGUUUACGUCGACACGGUCGGACCCAUGGAAAAAUAUCAGGCCAAACUGGAGCAACUAUUUCCUGAAUUGAAGUUCAAAGUGGAUAAAAAAGCUGACUCCAAGUACAAACCGGUCAGUGCGGCGAGUGUUUGUGCCAAAGUGAUGAGGGAUGAGGCUCUGAAAAAGUGGACGUUUGGAGAUAAUUGUAACGUUAAGGUGGCUCAGAAUGGGUGGGGGAGUGGUUAUCCGGGAGAUGAAGUAACCAAGAAAUUUCUCCGAGCCAAUAUCGACCCUGUUUUUGGAUUUCCAAACAUCGUGCGCGACAGUUGGUCUACUGCUUCGGAUUUGUUGGAAAAGCGUGCCGUGAAGAUAAAGUGGGAACUGGACGAGGAUGACGCUCCGGUGCAAAAGAUAUCUAAAUUUUUUGUCAAACAGCCUAAAACUGAAGAUAACACGGAAAACUUUCCAGUUUCUGUGCUUAAACCGAAAGCUCAAUUCUUCUCGUAUCGAUCUCUUACGCAGACUACGAAAUUAUUUUGAUUAACAUUGCUCAUUCCACAAUAAUAAGAAUAACGAUAACAAUAAUACUAAUAAUAAUAAUGCUUAAACUUUAUUGUUCCACUUAAUUCAAGUGUUGUAGUUUUUCAUGUACGUUUUGAAAAGAAUAAAUUCACACUGAUUUUUCAAAGGUA